UUUUUGAAAUUCAAAAAGUAGGUAUAAAACUUCUACUAAAAAAUGAUGAUCCUUGCUAAAAAAGUAAAAUAAUAUACAAAAGAUUGCUUGGUAUGUAAACAUAUACCAUUACUAGAUUUUAGAACAAAGGUACCAGAAGAUCCAAAACCAUUUUCACCUCUGAUUUUAUCAGCUUGCUAAUUGUCAAUUUCUUAGUUUCCAUCAAGCUUUUGGAAAAAGGCACUUCCUUCAAAUAUUCUUUCAAUAAUAAUUUAAGCAAUUUUAACUCCACCUCCAAUGGUAAUAUCUUUAUCUGUUCUGUUGACAAGUAAAACCUUCAAAAGCCCUUUAUAACCUCUAUCAAUAACACCUGCAUCUACUGAAAUACCUUUUACAGCAUUGCCUGAAGUAGGAGCGACUCUUCCGUAAUAACCCUUAGGAACUUCAAUUUUUAAACCAGUGUUAAUCAAGGCGCUUUAUCUAGCAGGAAUGACUUCGUUGCAAGUACUCAAGCUGUAGAGGUCCCAUCCAGCAGAUUCAGCAUAAGCCUUAAAUGGCUACUUUGCACCUUCUUCGACUUGA